AUGUCAAAACUGACGAAGAGUUCUUGCAAAGUGCAGAUGAGGCCACUAGGCCUAGAUUAUGGCUCAAUCAAGACUGCUGCAGAAAUCAUCAGCCUUUCUUUUGCCUCGGAUCCCUUGAUCCGUUGGCUCUCUCGUGAUCGCUCUGGUCCUGGUUGGGAGACUCUGACACCUACCCUGCAGCAAUGGCAAGAGGCGCGCCUACGCGAGUAUGCAGUCCGUGGGAUCGCUAUGGAAGCCGUUACAAUGGAUGAUAUCCACAAAACCGUUGGAUCAUGUUUUUUAUUUCCUCCCAGGCCACUGUAUCGAUGGCUGAAUCCAAUGUGGUGGCCGUCAUAUUUGAGAGUUUUAUGGGACGAGUGGUGGAUUCAACCAUGUGAACCGUUCAAUGAUAUGCCUAACAAACUCUCACAGAGGAUCGGAAUCAUGAUGGAUUCUCAUAACGAUUUCGAGGCGAGGAUCAAGAAGAAGUAUCCACCAAAUUCUCUCCACUACCUCGAGAUUGCUGCGGUCAAGCCUGAUGCACAAGGGAUGGGAGUUGGGAAAACGAUCAUGCAAUGGGUGGUACAGAAGAUAGGAGAUUCUCCAUGUUACAUCGAGUGUACAGACAAGAAGAAUGUCGCGUUUUAUGUCAAGUAUGGGUUUGAGGUUGUCGAAGAGAAGGAACUGGUGGAUGAGGAGGACGCGAUGCCAUCAACGACUUUGUUUUACAUGGUUAGAGAUAAAUCUGAGUCACUGACAUGUGUCCAAGCGGGCAUGACCUGCGAGGGUUACAAAACACGAUUGACAUGGGGUUCUUCAGACACUGCAAGCUCAGCAGGGGCUGGUAUAGUCUUGAACCCAGUUCGUCCACCACGCCAAAAGAAUAAAUCUCUGCGCGAUAGAAGGGCAAGCCCUGCUGUUGAAAGCGUGGGAGACCCUCUGGUGAACUUGCCCGACUUUUCGUCAAUCCAGUCACCGGAUGAGCUGGAUCUGCUAUGUCUGCAAUUCGAGUCAUUCUCCGAAGGUUUACCAGAUGAGGAAGUCUCACAAAAGCUCAUGAACACUUAUAGUAUCUGUCUAAAGCAUGCAUGCUUAGCGUAUCAAGCAAGUCUAGAUGUUGGUACCAGCCAUUUGACACCUCUAUACAUGCAAUCGGCUCUAUCGAACUAUCUCAAUGACUUGGACAACCCAAGCAUGUUGUGCCAAGACGUAACUUUGGCAACGGGAGUGCUCUUAUGCAGCGUCAGUAUAAACUCACUAUAUAUCUGGUCACCGCUGUUGAAGGGCCUGCACGGGGUCCUCCAGGCACGUGAGCUGUUGAAUGAUCCGCAGAGACCCCCCCUGGCAGACCAUCUCCUCGAAGCUGUCGCACUGUUGGACAUACCGUUCUUCACUCUGAAUAGGAUUACACCAUCCCUGGAAAUAUGGAAAUCCUAUGUCCAACCCAACAAACACUCUGGUAUUGAGCAAGUGUCGGGGAUACCUUAUAGCCUGAUGAAUUUGCUAGCGAACAUGGACUCGACCACUAUCGAAAACGAUCUAUUGCAGUGGCCUGGGGAACUUGGCGAUGAGUUUGCACAGAUUCACCUCUGGGAAGCGUUUCGACUCGCCGGUAUUCUUCACAGCCGCUGUCUGGCUGAUCAUUGCCAAGAUCGAACAACUCCACCGAUAGCCAAUGCCACCACCGAAAUAUUACGCAUGAAGGUGUUUGCGUCGAUUCAAGCAAUCAUCGGAAUCGGCACAUUCAACUUUCGACUCUCACUCGCCAGAGCCAUAUUAUACCCUCUUUUCAUCGCUGGUAUUCUGGCAGAGAAUGCUCAAGAACAGCAGCUGACCCGCGUGGCCUUUCAGUACAUAAUGCAAAAAGGGCAAGAGGGAACGGAACAGAUAAUAUUGGAUAUUGUGGAAAAAGUUUGGAAGAAUGGAAAAGGUGGCAACGAAGCGUCCAAGUUAACGAUAGCUACUGAGGCUACGGGGGAGUUGAAUGCUGAGAUACAUCUUUACUAG